AUGCCUGGUGCAUUCCCUACACUUGCGAGUCCCGAGAGUGCGAGGUCAACCACCAUCAACGAAUCCACCACUAGCAUCUUAAACAAGCAGCAAUUAGACCUGUUCAGCAAGAACCACCAAAUAAACCAAAAGACGAAGCACCAGCACCAUUUGCUUUCACAAUUCGAAACCACGGCUUAUAUUCUUGUGGGGUACCAAUUCAUAAAGUACUGUCAUUCAGCAUGUCUUUUCCCGGUCGUAGCGCACGUGGCGCUCCAACAUGCCCUCAACCACGAUCUAGUCAACCUCACAAAUGGUAUGGACCAGCUUAACGUUUUCUUCUGGAACCGAGAAUUGAGCACGCAGGAACGGGCUCAGACGAUGGCGGUGCUCAGAAGUACUCUCUGGCUCGUUAUUUGCUGGAAAGCCGUGCUCACAAUACUGUGGCAUACGUUGUUUGUAUGUCAAUGGCUAGUUCCGCUAGUAGAUAGUGGCGCCUUACAUGAAUUAGAGCAUGAUUCCUGGUUCGUGUCAUUUAUCGGAGAACAAGUCCCACACAUCGAUAAAAACGAUUCCAUAUGGCUCAAGAUGGCCCAGUUGGGUUUAAUCCAACUCGUGAUGUCCGAUAUAAUCAUUUUAUUUAUUCAAUUGGUGUGUUUCCAAUGUAUCUUUCUCCAAUCUACGGCAAUGUUGCUGGGAGACCGGAGCUUGGGUGAAGAGGAGGCAUACAUAAUUCGUCCAGUUUCGGACCAGGGUCGACACAGAACCGGUGACAUGUUUGAUACCGAGGUGCCGUGUAUCUUAAAAGUGAAAUUGUACGAGUCUUUCAAGCAGGAAGAGCUUGUAAUAGAAGCAACUGGGGAAGCGAACCGAGGCUAG